AAUAACAUUGCAUAUGUUUGACCUUUGAACAUGAUGGAUUAUUGACAGUAUUCCAAAACACAGAUCCAGAACAUCUUUAAAGCCACUAGUGCCUUUGCAUAAAUAUUUUCAUUGAUGGAUAAGAUCACUCCACAUCGCAGUCCCUUUUUUCUAAAAAAAAGUGUAGGCCACAUAUCCUACCUACCGCUCUCCAUUUCACCGUCCUCCAACUCAUUAUUGCUCUGCGCAUUCAAGCCAAGCGCACGAGUCCGAAAGCAAUUCAAGAUGAUGUCAAUGGACAGGCGCACCCUCCUUCCGAAUCCAGAGAGAGAGAGAGAGAGAGAGAGCGCGCACCGUGUAAACACAUAGCUGCGUGUGGUGAAGUUUAUUAUGCCUCAUAUAAUAACCGUGUUAUUGAACGGAGAGUCAAUUCCAGAAAUCCUCCCCUACUUCGCGAGAUUUAUUUUAUUUUAUUGGUGUUGGGGAUUAAAACUGUCUCACUUAACGUUCACCUUUUUUGUUUUUCUUUAGUCCGCCUGCGCUCUUUGAUCUAUUUGGAGAUGUCUGAGUUUAACCACUCAAAUCUAUCAGGCGGAAACGCUCCGGACCCGGACUACAAGUGGACGUAUGAAUAUUACGACGAUGAUGAGCCUGUUUCGUUCGAGGGACUGAAAGCGCACCGAUACUCCAUCGUGAUAGGCUUCUGGGUGGGCCUGGCUGUCUUUGUCAUCUUCAUGUUCUUUGUCCUGACGCUUCUCACCAAGACCGGAGCUCCACAUCCCGAAGGAGCUGAGCCCUGUAAGAAGCGUGUUCGUCUGACCAGCUGUGUGGAGGACCUCCGCUCCCCUGCAGACCCUGACAACCGGCCAUGCCUACAACUGGACUCCUCUCUCAGCCGCUCCCUCUUCCACUGCUACAUCAAUGAGGAACAGGCCCAGGGGGUGUCCAGGCCUGGAGCUGGGGCAGGAGCUGUGGGAGCACCCAGAGGAGGUCUGGUCCAGGGGCCGGGGCGAGGCAGGUCAGGCAGCCCAGAGGAGGGGGUAGUGGUGGGGAUGGAAGUAGGUGUCAGCUGUGCCCUGCAAGGGGCUGCCAUGUCGGGGGGGAUCCGGACUGACCACAGAGAGGCAAUGUCCCUGUCCCACUUCAACAUCCCUAACGUUGUGAACUCCGAGCACAGCUCCACCCUGGGGGUGGACGAUCUGCUGCUGGGGGAGCCGCCAAUCAUCAUGGAGGGGGAGUGUCAUCGGCCCCACAGCGCACAUCACAUGGUGGACUAAGGUCCCCUCUACUUCCUGGGGAACCACCAAUCAUCCUAGAGGGGGAGUGUCAUCGACCAUGUAGUGCCCUUCAGAAGAUGGACUGUCCUGUCUAUCACACAAUAGACUAUGGUCCUGCUUACUUCUCACACCCACCUCCGUUAGGACAUUAUAGAUAAUUAUGAGGACAUCACAGGACUCAACGGCCUUAUAUAGAGUCGUGUCAUCCGAAUUCAUGGAGGUUCAAAUAAGUCCUAAUCUAAUAUUCUGUGUUGUGCCAGUCAUGUACAGUGCAAGCUCUCCUAAUUAGGCUGUGGUUCCAGCUUCCCACACCAUCUCCACUGUGUAACUGUACCUCCUGACAUUUUCAUUCUGUUCAGAUUUGGUUCAGGCUAAAAUACUGUACAGUCAAAAUAUAUAAACAUUUAAUGUUAAAUAUACAUAUGUGAUAUGCGCUACUUUUAUAAUCUUUAUGUCAACAAGGUUGCCUACGCAGAGCCAGAACGUGACGUCACAUCUCAACGCUAAACUGGAAGUUCAGCUUCAUCAAGUUGAUUAGAAUGUUUUAAUAUUUUUUAAAUUUAACUAGGAGGUGAGUUAAGAAAGAAAUAUUAUUUACAAUGACAGCCUACCCCGGCCAAAUCCUCCCCUAACCCGGACAACGCUGGGCCAAUUGUGCGCCGCUCUAUGGGACCCCCGAUGACAGCCUGUUGUGAUACAUCCCGGGAUUGAACCCGGAACUGUAGUGACGCCUCUAGUACUGCAAUGCAGUGCCUUAGACCACUGUGCCACUUGGUCCCCCCGUAUAGUGGUGGAGGCCUUGCAGGAAUCAGAUAAAGGGAUGGAGACAACAGAAGAGGUAAGGAGAAUUUGAUACAACAACCAAAAUGCACCAGAAAGGCAAGACUCUUCUCUUGGGUUUUCAAUUCAACAGCAGUCUGAAUGUUGUCCUUGUUCAGUACUAAUUGUAGCACACUUGUUCCUCACUAUAAACUGUCAUAGACAUCAUUUUAUAUACCAUGUGUUGCUCCUGUCAAUGCUUUACCUACAUGUCACAUCAGUCUCAUCUGCCAAGUCUAUAGAAGGUUGUGACUAAAUAAAAGUAAACUCAGCAAAGAUAAUUCGUAAAAAUCCAAAUAACCUCACAGAUCUUCAUUGUAAAGGGUUUAAACACUGUUACCCAUGUUUGUUCAAUGAACUUUAAACAAUUAAUGAACAUGCACCUGUGGAACGGUCGUUAAACGUCUUGAUACUACCCAUCCCGCAUGCGGGAGCGUG